AUGGCAAUGAUUCUGCAAUGCGUCGGGAGUGAUGGCAGACCAUUACCAUACUUCUUCAGAGGACCUCCCGGAAAGCUCAACACCUCUGCUUGUUUGACGUUGGACUACAGUUAUCCCUGCAGCUACCACUGCAUCGGUUUGUGCAUGCCAUGGAAAGCCGGCCAUGCCACGGCAGUGGCACCGAUGAUCCUGGUGGAUAAAGCGAGGCUGUUGGCGGAGGACCAAGCAGAGUUCGGGGUGCAGCCGUAUGCGGACUUGAAGCCAGACGAGAGAGCCCAGUGGUGGCGCUAUUACGCCCGAUUAGCGGCCGUGGGCAUGGACCACGACCCCGACGAUCCGCAAAAUGGGAAAACUCGAGCUAAACUUCGAAAGCUGCGUGGGCUGGCGAUCGGAAGGCAUGAUUGGUGGGCGAGCAAGCGACCGUUGGCACCAGCACCUCCGCCGCCGCCAAAUGCAGGCAUGCCAUCAGCUUGA